AUGAAAUAUAACAAAGAUAUUAAACCUGCUAUACUCAAUUUAACUAAUGUUACUCUGGAUAAAUCAACAACUGAGUUACUCAAUUUAGGUCCAAAUUUUGUACCACUGCCAAAAAAAAUUCCUUACAUGGAUAUUAUAACUAAUAUCGAAACUUGCGCUUUACAACUUGAAAAACUUAAAAAACCAACACAGAUAUACCCUUUCGAUAAAGGCACAGGUUUCGCAUUAUUAAAUCAAAAAGAUGCAUCGCUCAAAAUAAAAGAACAAAUAAAAAAUAGCAAAAUUAUUGAUUAUGAUCCAACAUCCACAUUGACUACUAAAUUUCAAAGACAAUUGUGCAAAUUAAGAAAAGAAGGUAAACUAGACACAAAUACAUACUUUAAAAUGUAUCCAUCAGAUUGUAACCCACCAAGGAUUUACGGAAUGAUUAAAGCUCACAAACCAGAAAAAGAUUACCCAAUGCGCUCUGUUGUAUCAACAAUUAACACACCACCUUAUGGAACAUCUGAUUAUCUUGUUAAAAUUAUUCAACCAACUCUGAACAAAAAUAAAAGUAGACUUAUGAAUUCUAACAGUUUUGUAAAUGAAGCUAAGCAAUGGAUAAUAGAUCCUAACGAAGUUCAAGUUUCAUUUGAUAUAGUCAAUUUAUAUCCAUCCAUACCCAUUGACGAAGCAAUUCCGGUUAUUAUUGAUAUAUUGAACGCUAACAUUGAUGACUUAAAAACUCGAACUAAAGUUACUCUUACAGACAUAUAUCAAUUAAUUGAACUUUUAUUAAGUAUAUGCUAUUUUUUAUAUGAAAACAAUAUCCGAAUAAUACCUAAUUCAGGUCCUUUAGGUUUAUCUUUAAUGGUUGUUAUGGCGGAAGCGUUUUUACAAAAUAUAGAAAGAAAAGCCCUUAACAUAGCAAUUAUUCAUACAUCCGAACCAAAAACUUACAGGAGAUAUGAAGAUGAUUGUCAUGCUCGCUUUGCUUCAAUAAAACAACAACAAAUGUUCAUCCUUAAUGAACAACAUCCUGCCAUAAAAUACACAGUGGAACUUGAAAACUCAAUUUCCUAG